AACGCUGUUGGCCGAGAGGUUCCACUCGUACGCACCUGCACAGUAAAAACUGCAGUGUUAAUGCAACACUAACAGAGUCAAUUUAACACCUCUUAGAGUUUAUUUGGUCCCCGAAUACUCUCUAAGUGUUGAAUUAACACUGCAUUUUUUACUGUGUGGCCUAAGGAGGUGUGGUUCUAAAAAUAUCUCUUUAUGCUACCGCAGGUGUUUGGACUGGGCUCUGUGGCUCAGGUGGUGACAGGGCGAGGGGCAUUCGGCGAGUACCUGAGCAUCAACCUGGGCUUCGGGAUUGGCGUGGCCAUGGGCGUACACGUAGCUGGCAAGGUUUCAGGAGCCCAUAUGAAUGCAGCUGUCUCCUUUACCAUGUGUGUCUUUGGCCGUCUGAGGUGGACACUGCUUCCCUUGUACGUCAUGGCUCAGUUCCUGGGAUCGUUUUUGGCAGCUGGGGCUAUCUAUUCUCUCUACUAUGACGCCAUUCUUCACUACAGCGGGGGAAACCUGACAGUGUCCGGCCCAGCAGCCACGGCUGGGAUUUUCGCCACGUAUCCUGCCCCGUACUUGUCCAUCCAUGGAGGCUUCCUGGAUCAGGUGGCAGGCACUGCUCUGCUUCUCCUGUGCCUGAUGGCCUUGUCGGACCAGAGGAACCAGCCCGCCCCGGUUGGCAGCGAGCCCCUGGCAGCCGGACUGCUGGUGAUGCUGAUCGGCAUCUCUCUGGGUAGCAACAGCGGCUACGCCAUCAACCCCACCAGAGACCUGGCACCUCGCGUCUUCAGCUUCAUCGCUGGAUGGGGACCUGAAGUCUUCACUGCAGGCAACAGCUGGUGGUGGAUCCCAGUGGUGGCCCCUCUGGUUGGCGGCGUUGUCGGGGCCUUGAUCUACAGAGUCUUUGUGGAGAUGCACCACCCCUCUCCCCGUAACCGAGCCCAGGCCUACGAGAGCGAGGACGAGGGCGAGCCUCUGGAUAAGCUCCUUAAGGCAGGCCACCCUGAAGUGUGCGUGUAAAAAAAACAAGCUGUUGGAUAAACCGAACACAAUCUAGCAGUGAUGGUACAUAAACACCAACGGCGCGGACAUCCACCGUACGUCCACAGAACGUGUCCGUUAUCAGUCCGAAACGGUGAAAAUGCAUGAAAACAAAUUAUGCCUUGCACACAGGAACGCGGUUUAAGCGUGGCGCAUGUCCGUCCCGCGUUCAAUGCGCGGCUCCCAUUGAAAAUGAAUGGCUGCUGCCUGCGGAUAGAACGUGGACGUUAAGUGUGCAGUGUGAAAGGCAGCCCGUGAACCUCUCGGACUCGCACUGCUCACGGAGACGUUAAGGAAACGUGCCGUCUGUGUGUGCAUGUACUGUUAUGCUGGGAUGAAACAGUGGUUACGGUUACCACAAUGGGGAUGAAAUGCCGGACUCUGGAAGGAGCCACACGGAUGCUGAUGCCGUGUUGUGUCGUGUGGCCCUUCAUUGGAUAGUGGCUCCCCCUACAGGUUAAGAACUGCAAAAGCUGCAGUCCCGUUUCCUCCGGUCAAGAAUGACUGGUGAAGGGAGAUGGAUACAUACACCAAACUGUCUUAGGUAAAGGACUACACCAGCUUCGAAACAGACGGUGUUUGGGGGGGGGCUGCUUUGUUGAGCAGGGGGCUCUCCUGUGGAGUACAGGUGGGUGUCGCCGGUGCAGGGCCAGAUUAACACACAGCCUAGCUAUGGCUGCAGCCUAGGGACCCCCACCUGCCAGGGGCCCCCUGACUGGCUAAAAAGAGA